AUGCUUCAAAUGCGCCAGACCCGCCAUCAAAAUGGGCAGAGUCUGAGGCCGAGCUGGACGGGCUUACUACAUCGCGAAAAGAAGCAGCUCACUUCUUCUUCCAGCCUCCGUGCUGGCGCCCGUGCUGUACCCAGAAGUGUUGGUGCCAAUUUCCAGGCCUCCGAGUUUACACGGCCUGCGCUCCCGGUCGAAGUGCCAACGCGCUGCCCAGGCUCGGCAGUCCCGCCGAGGCGACCCGCAGCCGCCCUGCCGAGCAGCUCGGCCGGCGGGCUCGGCCACGGUGCCCGACUCCGCGGUGCCGUCGGCACGAGGGGAGCUGGACGAGGAGGGGGGGAGGAGGAGGAGGAGGAGGAGGAGGAGUAG